CCGGAGUAGCGCCGCAUGGAGCCCGACCGGCGCGGCUCGUUCGGGAGGGCGCCCAGUGCCGGCACGACCCCCGUCCCCGCCCGCACGCCCACCCCGCGCCGGGAAAGGGUGUUCCCGGGGCGGGCGAAGGGCGGGAAGGGGGACGGGUUAUCGAGAGGGAAAAUCGGCGGCUGUCGGCGCAGAGCGAGCUCGCAUUCCGCGCCGGCGGCUCGGCUUCCUCGUCCGCGUCCGGCCAUGGGGCUGCAGCCCCGGCGCGCCGCGGGGCCCUGCCCGCCCGCGGGGAGAAGCGCCGCCCUGCCCGGAGCGCGCUCCGCUCCUCCCUGGGCCCGCAGCGACGAGCCGGAGGGAACUCCGGGGCGCCCCGCCACGCUGCCGCCCCUCCUGCCGGCCAUCCUGCCGACCCCCUCCGCUUCCCCAGCUGCCGCCCGGGCGCAGCCCAAGAAGCCGCCGGCGGCCGCCUCGGCCCCCAAGAAGGCAGCGCCUCGGCCCGCGGAGGAGAAGGCGGCGAGGAAGGCGCGGGGGGCGCCCCCGGAGCGGCCGGGCCCCCUCUCCAGCUCCUGGCCCUGCUCGUCCCUGCAGCGGCCGCCGCCGCGGAGACCGCCGGCCGAGCGGGCUGCGCGGCCCCAGCCCACCCCGCCGCAGCCGCGGGGCCGCCCGGGGGCGCCGGGGGCGGGCAGCCGCUCCUGCGAGAGCCUCGGCGGGGCGCCGGGGGAGGCGGCGGGGCGCUUCUCGCUGAGCCUGCCCCCCGAGGCCAUCCGGGUGCUGCAGCGCCGCAGCCUGGAGCGGCAGCGGGGGCAGCCCGCGCCUUCCCCCGCCGGCAGAGCCGGCCCGGCCCGGCGCGGCGACCUGCGCGCUCUGCUGAAGGUUUCGCUGCUCAACGACCGCCACCGCUACGACGACGAGGAGUACGAGGAGGAGGAGGCGGGGGCCGCGGCGGACGAGGGGCUGGUGCGGAAAUGCACCGAGUGGCUGCGCGGCGUGGAGAGCGCGGCCGGCCGCGACCACCCCGACCGGCUGGAGACGCUGCCGCACUUGGGCACCCUCUGAGCCCUGCCGGGACCGGGCAGCGGCGCGGCGGGGGCCGUCGGACCGGGGGAGGUGGGGCCGCCGUCCGCGAUGUCGUGUUCCGAGUGGUGCUGUCGGCAGCCCGGGCGGGGGCGGCGGGGGCCGUCAGCAGAGCCCCU